AUGUCCCAGAACACCCUAGCUUCAGCAAACACCAUACUGGCCUUGAGCCUUUUCAAAGUCGUCCGUAAGGACCUGAAAGGCAAGAAUGCCUUCUUGUCACCACUGAGUAUAUCCGCGGCUCUUUCCAUGACCCAGCUAGGAGCCCGUGAGAAAACAGCGCAGGAAAUGGCCAAAGUUCUCGGCUGGGAGUCGGAGAAUGGGGAACAGAUCCAUCAGCAGUUCCAGGCGUACUUUACCAAGUUACAGCAGCAGUCAGAUCAGUACCAGUUGUCUACAGCAAACAGAAUCUUUGUGGAGAAGACCUUCAAUGUUCUGGAGACUUUCACAAAGCAAACAAAAGAAUGGUACCUUGCAGAACCUGCACAGGCCAACUUUAAAGAACAGCCAGAGAUUGAGGCAGCAAAGAUCAACGCCUGGGUGGCAGAACAGACGCAGAACAAGAUCAAAGAUUUGUUUGCAGAGGGCGUCAUAAAUGCCGUGACCCGGAUGGUGCUAGUGAAUGCCAUCUAUUUCAAAGGUAAAUGGGACACAGAAUUCGCUGCCAAAAGCACAUCUCCCAGGCCGUUUAAGCUGUCACCUGAAGAAACUAAAGAUGUUCCCACAAUGUACAACAAACAAACUUACGGUAUUUAUAAAGACAGUGAGCUCAAGUUCACAGCCGUGGAACUGCUCUAUAAGGGUCAGGAGCUUGGGAUGGUCAUUAUUCUUCCAGAUGAGGAUUUUGGUCUUGAGGAGCUUGUAGAGAACCUAACGCCUGAGAGAUUGAACAGGGUCAUAAAAAAUGUUUCUCUCAAGAAACAGAAGAUUCAACUUUAUCUUCCUAAAUUUGAGAUAACAAGUACAUACAGGCUGAAACAAGCUCUGACAAGUCUAGGAAUGGCCGAUGCUUUCAGCGAGGGACGUGCAAACUUUUCAGGAAUGACCGGUCAGCGAGAUCUGGUCUUGUCUGAGGUGGCCCACAAAGCCUUUGUCCAGGUGAAUGAGGAAGGCACAGAGGCUGCUGCAGCUACCGGUGCGGUGAUGAUGAUGAGAAGUAUGCCGCCACCUGUUCCAGAGGUUCAAGUGGAUCAUCCGUUUCUCUUUCUAAUCAGCGAUCAUCGAGCCGAUGGAAGCAUCUUAUUUUUGGGACAAGUUGAUAAUCCUUUAUCUUAA